GCGAGCGCUCGUUGGGCUACUACGUACCGUACGUAUACCGUAUUCGUUUUAUGUUGUCAAGCCAACAUGUCUGCCCACGGGAGAACCUCAAGGCCUGGAACAAGGGUCGAUAUUCUCAACAGGAAAGUGCCAGAAAACCCGAGGUACAAAGAUGUGAAGUCGGUGAUUGACACGGGAGCAAGUUUAACAAAGCACAUGGCUAAAAUUGAAGACAUCAGAAAAAAUUACAGAUAUAGGAAUAAUGAAAUCUUCAAACGUAUGAAAGUGACAACAUUUGUUCAGUUGGUGAGUAAACAGAAUACGUUUUCAUCAGCAAUAAAUAAAGAUGAAGUUAACAAUGAAUUAAAGUGUUUUACAAAAGCAGAAAGACCUGAAACGACCGAUAUAAACAUGAACGGUGGUAGUGGUGACGGUCAGAGCCCUGUUCCGUCCUUAGCUUUGACAGAGGGUGACUUUGGAGGACAACCCGAAACACCCUUAUCAUCAAGAUCAACACUUCAAAGGUAG